AUGACACACGUGCCCGAGUUACGCGGCACGCCACAGAUUGGUCGCCGGCGAAGUCAUCAGCGUACGUGUCGGGGCAUCAUCCCAACCACCACGCUCGUACUGCUCGCCAUCCUGCUGCAGCUGAUGGAACUGGGCGAUGGACCGGGUGGGGGGCGCGCCGGCCCAAUGCUCGUCGGUGCGGCAUGCGAAUCGCGCAAAAGCUGGUGGGACCCAACGAUAGGCGAGUGUGCACCGUGCCAUAUCUGUGCGGACCAUCAGGUGGUGCUGCGACCGUGCCAGGACUAUAUGAACACGGUUUGCGGCACGAUGAAGGACCUGACGGCGUCCGAUCAUCGGCCGUAUCCACACCUGCCGGAGGGCAAUGGGAAUGGGAUUGGAACGGUUGGCCGUACCCGCGAUCAUCACUGGAAGGAGGAGCGCCGGAAAGAGGGCGACGGUGUGCAGGGAUAUCGACGUGUAGUACCGGCGACCACCACCGAGGAGAUCCUGUGGGAUUGGCAGGUAGCGUCGCUACUGCUUGCCAUCAUCGGGUGUCUACUGUUCCUGCUGGCAGCGGCCUGUGUUGCACUCAACCAGAGCCGUCAAUGGCGUCGCAUCGAGAAACACUUUGACGCUGAUAUGGAAGCAUUAUCGGCACAGCUCGUAAACCAUCUGGCCAGCAUGCAGCAUCUCGAGAGUGGACCGAUCCUGCUGGAAAACUUUGACCACGGUCGGCUACGUACCACCGGCCAUCAUCCGAUCGAGGUCCGCUGCGUCUAUCUCGACCAGCUGCUCGAUGAGAAAUGUGCGCAAAAGGCGCACAGCGUCCAACCGACGACCGGCAAUCUAUACAUCGAGGAGUCGAUUGAUACACCCCGCAUUCAGUCACCGAUCCCGUCAUCGCGGUCGCCUCCACCACCACCCAUAAGCUCCCCACCGAUCUCCCUGGUCCGGCACUACUGA